AUGCCUCCAACGAAGCAGUGGAUUGAUAAAAAAUCCGCAACAAAAUACCAGCUCUUUCACAGAUCUCAACAUGACCCGCUAAUACACGACCCCGAGGCAGAAGACAGGAUCCUCCAUGUAGUCGGAGGGCCUGGUCCGACCGCUAGUACCACAUCGUCCUCAUCAAAACGAGAAACUGGAACGCUUCGUGACCUAGACAAGGAAUUCAGCUCAGCCACUCGAAAAAAUGAAGGAGAGGCGGCGAAUUAUGGCAUUUUCUACGACGAUACCAAGUAUGAUUACAUGCAACAUUUGCGCGGGCUAGGAGAAGGCGUUGGAGACACCCACUUUGUUGAGGCGAAAUCGAAGGGUAAAGGGAAGAAGGGCAUGAAACUUGAAGAUGCGUUGAGGGAAGUUUCACUUGAUGGCGAUGGGCCAGAGGGGUCCAUUUACAGUGGUGCUGGCGAUGAUUUCCAGUCAACUGCUUCGUCAUAUGUGCGUAGGGCCACUUACCAAGACCAACAAGAUAUACCAGAUGCGAUUGCGGGUUUCCAGCCGGGGAUGGACCCCCGACUGAGAGAGGCCCUGGAGGCGCUAGAGGAUGAUGCAUACGUUGAUGAGGAAUGUGAAGACGAUAUCUUUGAAAGCCUUGUUUCCGGUGGUCAUGACGCAGAGGUUGACCCUGAUGAGUGGAGGGAUACAUAUAUUGAAGACGAUGACGAAGGGUGGGAGUCAGACGCAACAGAAAAGGCACCUGUUCAGCACGACAAUUCCACUACUGGCCAAUCGUCCGGUAUACCAGAUAACUCGUCAGGUUCAGUCAAAUCUUCUCAACCACCAAAUGACGACCAAAUUCCAGACAUGGAGGAACAUGAGGGAGACUGGCUACGAGAUUUUGCCAAAUAUAAAAAAGAAGUGAAAGGAAACAAGCCUACGGCUGAUGGUGGUGAAAAUGCUUCAGAACACCGCACUACAGCAUCAACUUUGUUUACGCUUGGAGGAACCCCAAUUAGGAAAAAGAAACGCAAGGGCGCUCAAACUAACCCGUCCGCAUAUUCGAUGACUUCCUCUUCACUCGCGAGGACAGAUGGACACAGACUUCUCGACGAUCGGUUUGAAAGAAUGGAAGCCCUGUACGCUCUGGAUGAAGAAGGGGAGGAAUAUGAAGGAUCAAGCAUGGCUGAUGACAUGUCCGUCGUCAGUGGGCUUUCACGAUAUUCCAAACUUUCACAGGCUCCAAGCCUGGUCUCACAGGGCGGAGGCAUGCCACUUCGUUCGGACUUCAACGACGUCAUGGAUGGAUUUUUAGAUAAAUGGGAUGACCGACGAGUUCAUGCCAAACGCAAGGGCGCACAGGGUAGACGAGGGAAGAACGGAAACGAGGUUAUUGGCAUCAAGAUGUUGGAUGAGGUUAGGAAAGGCCUUGGACCACCUAGGCUCUCCACCAACGCCUUUGGGAAGGUUUAA